GAAGGAAGCCCAGACCUGCCCAGACUGUCCAUGAGCCGCAGCAGAUGCCCCGGGGCCCUAAUGACCCCCGUGGUGGCCCCAGCUAAGGAGGCCAACGCCAUGGGACCCAAGGCGGUGGAGCUGGUCCUGGUGAAGGAGCAGAACGGGGUGCAGCUCACCAACUCCACCCUCGUCAGCCCCCCACACACACCAGUGCAGCCCCCAGAACGGGAGACCUGGGGCAAGAAGAUCGACUUCCUGCUGUCCGUCAUCGGCUUUGCAGUGGACCUGGCCAAUGUCUGGCGCUUCCCAUACCUGUGCUAUAAGAACGGCGGAGGUGCCUUCCUGGUUCCUUAUCUGCUCUUCAUGCUGAUCGCGGGAAUGCCGCUGUUCUACAUGGAGCUGGCCCUCGGGCAGUUCAACCGGGAGGGUGCCGCGGGCGUCUGGAAGAUCUGUCCCCUCCUCAAAGGCGUGGGCUUCACUGUCAUCCUCAUCUCGCUCUACGUGGGCUUCUUCUAUAACGUCAUCAUUGCCUGGGCACUGCACUAUCUCUUUUCCUCCUUCACUGCUGAGCUGCCCUGGACCCACUGCAAUAACUCGUGGAACAGUGCCGCCUGCACUGAUGCCCGCACCAAUGCCAGCGAUGGCCUCAACGCCAGUGCUCAGGCCACGCCUGCCGCCGAGUACUUCGAGCGGGCUGUCCUGCACCUGCACCAGAGCCGCGGCAUCGAGGACCUGGGUCCGCCCCGCUGGCAGCUCACGGCCUGCCUGGUGCUGGUCAUCGUGCUGCUUUACUUUAGCCUGUGGAAGGGAGUGAAGACAUCGGGCAAGGUGGUGUGGGUGACGGCCACCAUGCCCUACAUGGUCCUCUUUGCCUUGCUGCUGCGUGGGAUCACGCUUCCGGGGGCCAUGGACGGGAUCCGGGCCUACCUCAGUGUGGAUUUCCACCGGCUCUGCGAGGCGUCCGUCUGGAUUGAUGCGGCCACCCAGAUAUGCUUCUCAUUGGGCGUGGGUUUCGGGGUGCUGAUCGCCUUCUCCAGUUACAACAAGUUCACCAAUGACUGUUACAGAGAUGCCCUCGUCACCACUUCAGUGAACUCGCUGACCAGCUUUUCCUCGGGUUUUGUGGUCUUCUCCUUCUUGGGGUACAUGGCCCAGAAGCAUAAUGUGCCCAUUGGGGAUGUGGCCAAGGAUGGCCCUGGGCUCAUCUUUAUCAUCUACCCCGAGGCACUAGCCACGCUCCCACUGUCGUCAGCCUGGGCUGUGGUCUUCUUCCUCAUGCUGCUCACACUGGGCAUCGACAGUGCUAUGGGCGGGAUGGAAUCGGUCAUCACGGGGCUGGUGGACGAGUUCCAGCUGCUGCACCGGCACCGUGAGCUCUUCACAUUGGCCAUCGUCCUCGGCACCUUCCUGCUGUCCCUGCUCUGUGUCACCAACGGUGGCAUCUAUGUCUUCACACUGCUUGACCACUUCGCAGCCGGCACGUCCAUCCUGUUCGGGGUGCUCAUCGAGGCCAUUGGCGUGGCCUGGUUCUAUGGCGUGCGUCAGUUCAGUGAGGACAUCAAGCAGAUGACAGGGCAGCGGCCCAGCCUGUAUUGGCGGCUCUGCUGGAAGUUCGUCAGCCCCUGCUUUCUUCUGUUUGUGGUCGUGGUCAGUAUCGUGACCUUCCGGCCCCCUCACUAUGGCGCCUAUGUGUUCCCCGACUGGGCCAAUGUUCUGGGCUGGACCAUCGCCGCUUCCUCCAUGUCCAUGGUGCCCAUCUACGCCACCUACAAGCUCUGCAGCCUGCCUGGCUCCUUGAGGGAGAAGCUGGCCUGCGCCGUCACGCCUGAGAAGGAGCGGCAGCUGGCGGAGAGCGGGGAGGUGCGGCAGCUCACGCUGCGUCACUGGCUAGUGGUGUGAGCACAGUGGAGGUGCAGCCGUGCUGAGACAACCAACCAGACUUCACCUCCCAGGACAGGCCUCACCGGCCCUACACUGCAGGAGAUGCCUCAUUCAUCUGUCCGUCCAUCCCCUGUUCUGUCACUGCAGCCCCUUCC